AUGGCUGAAACCGCUGUUGACGUAUCGGCCGCAGCUCCGGUUGCUGCUUCACCGGCCAAGGCACCGAAGAAAGCCAAAGCCGCCAAGGGAGAAGCCAAAAAACCGAAGAAGCCAUCGACACAUCCACCAGUCAAUGACAUGGUAGUGGCUGCCAUCAAGACGCUGAAGGAACGCAACGGAUCUUCGCUGCAGGCCAUCAAGAAGUACAUCGCCGCCAACUACAAGUGCGACGUCGCCAAGCUGGCCCCGUUCAUCAAGAAGGCCCUGAAAUCUGGCGUCGAGAAGGGAAAGCUCACCCAGACCAAGGGUUCCGGUGCAUCCGGCUCGUUCAAAAUCAAAGCCGGUGCCAAGCAACCGGCUGGCGAGAAGAAGCCGAAGAAGGCUGCUGCCAAAAAACCGAAGAAGGCUGCCGGAGAGAAGAAAAAGGUUGCCAAGAAACCCGCUGGCGAGAAGAAACCGAAGGCCAAAAAGCCUGCAGGUGAGAAAAAGCCGAAAGCCGCCGCUGCAAAGAAGGCUAAGGCAGCACCAGCCAAGGCCGCCAAGAAGGCUGCUGCACCGAAGCAGAAGGCCACCAAGCCAUCGAAAGCCGCUGCCAACAAGCCCAAGACCCCGAAGCCAAAGAAGGCCGCGCCAGCCAAAAAAGCUGCCCCGAAGAAGGUGGCUGCCAAGAAGUAAAUUGACCCAUCGUCAGUCAGUCAUCAUCAUCAUGUCGAAUUCUACCGUUCUUAUUUCGACGGUGUUCAACAAAACAGUCCUUUUCAGGACUACCAAAAAAUCCAUGCAAAGAAUUAAUCGAUAUUUCCUACUUCGCUCGCUUUUGGGUAGUCCGCUUCAACAAAACUGCACAGUAAGAAAAAAAAAAAAAAGUAUGCUUUUAUCCAUCAC